CCCUGUCGGCGGAGGGCUUGCGGUCCCGCGCUCAGGCGCUGCUCUCGGCUGAGAAGAAGCGUCGAAAGCGAGCGUCACCAGCGCUGGUAUGAGAGCAUUAAGCUCCGAGGUACAUUGACGGCAUGCCAUUACUCCAUCGCAUGCUGGCCGUAGCUUUUGUUCAGAUCCUCCUAGUUUCAGGCAACUGGAUUUUAGCCAAGAACAUCAACUUCUAUAAUGUAGAAGUAGACCCUACUCCAUUUCCAAGCAGCUUCAAAUGCUUUACUUGUGACAAUGUUAUUGACAAUUUCAACUGUAACAGAUGGGCUGAAGAUAAGUGGUGUCCUCAGAACACUCAGUACUGUUUAACAAUCCAUCACUUUACUAGUCAUGGAAGGAGCCUCUCUGUUACCAAGCAAUGUGCUACCAGGGAAGAAUGCCAUUUUGUUGGCUGCCAUCACCACAGAGAAACUAGUCAUACAGAAUGCGUUUCCUGCUGUGAAGGGAUGAUCUGCAAUGUAGAUGUACCCACAAAUCACACAAAUGCUGUUUUUGUGGUACUGCAUGCCCGGAAGACAUCAGGAGGUAGCAGACAAACCAUUAGCAUCUCCUUGCUGGUCAUACUCAUCAUAGUUUUCAGGUUAUGACAUGACUCUCCUCAGGCAGAAGGAAUUUGUUGUUUGGAGUUACAUGAAGACAAUCUGUGAUGAAGAAGGAGUUCUAAGAAGUCUGUUGUAUGGAUAAAAGCACUUCUGGGUAUUUGAAGACUGCUGAUCAUAACAUGGUAAUAAAGAUACUUACAGAUAUUGGUGCCAAGAAAACCAAGCACAAUAGCCAAAUAUUAUGUCAACUUGACUAGUUACCAGAAAUGUCAGAAUUCUUUAUGUGGAACAUAGAACAAUUUGUGCCUUGGCAUGUUAUUGUAGCAAGUUAUUACUGUACAAUUUUGAAGUAUUAAAAUUGUUCCUCACCUGAAAUGUUUUUGGAAGUGGUGAUACCAUAUUCUUAUUUCAUAUCAAAAUUCUUCCUAGUUUUGAGAGGUCCCUACCUACCUGCAAUCCUGACUCAUAUCUGAUGCUGUUCCAACUUUUUGCUGUCCCUACUAUGGGGUCCUUUAUUCUGAAUACUACAGUAGCCACUGUAGCAGCAUCGUCAAAUUGAGGGAGAAAGAGAUGGAAAUUGUAUGAUUUGUUAAUAGUCCAUUUUGGGUAUGGAGACAUCAGCAUGUAUCUGACUAUGCAAGUUUGGAUUGACUCAAUGAGUAAAUAAUUACUAGGAGUUCUUCAAACAGAUAGAACAGUUAGCUCCACACCUCAAAUAUCCAUAACAAGACUGCCUUUUCUCUACAUUGCCCUUGCUGGCCAUGAUUUCCAAACACUAUCAUUAUGGUGGGAUUACCUCUUUGUGAGGAGUUGCACUUAUGCUGGAGGACUGGGGAAUUAUCAAAACUAUCUAGGGAAGUAGAGAGUUCAGAACAACUAAUCAGUUUGCUCCACACUGAGAAAUAUGAACAGAAAAGAGUUAUGAUAGGUAAACAUAGAGUACUGGGCUUCCAACUCUGCUUGAAGUUCACAACAUUCAAAAACUUGUUUUCUAAGUGAUCCAGGAUAAGCUAAUGUGAAUCACCCUUGAGUUGUAGUUCAGUCUGUGGGGGAAGCAACAUGUGUGAAACAGAUUUCAAAGGUCAUGGAAUUUAACACUCUGUUCUGUUAAAUCUUGAAACUGUACAAAAAACAAGUGAGAUUUUUACUGCAGUGUGCUGAAUCCAUUUUAAAUAAC